UGUGAAGUAGAUUAUGAAAGAUAUUAUGUAAAAAAGAUAGAUCUAAUAAAAGUAUGAUCAAAGAUACGAUUUAUUUUGAAAAUUCUUUGGUUGACUUGUAACUUGAUAAAUUAUAUGAGUAACUGUUGUCCAGAGACAAAUUUCACUUUUGAAUUAUAGAAAAUUAUUAUGGAAUCAAAGCUCACCAGAAAUGAAUAGAAUUAAAUAGACUUUAAUAGGUUCAAAAGGAACAAAGAUAUUAACAGCCAUCCUUGUAAAUGCAGGUUGGUUUGAGAUUCAUUAGGCACAUUUAAGUAAACUGAAAGAACAAUACAUUGAAAAACCAAAUAAUAGCUUUGACAUUGAUAUAGUCCUUAAUUUUAAAAGUUACUUUCCUAAGUAGAAUAUUGACUCUUUUCUUUUUAACCAACUGAGUAAUUAUUGAAUAGUUAAUUUAGAAAUAUUUCAUUAGGACAAGAGGAGUAUUUUACACCUUCACUGUGGUACUAGAUUGUACGGAAUUGACAAAAUUUAUAUUAUUAAUAUUAAUUAAUAAAUAUAAAUGGGUAAUGGAUAAUGUUGCAAAAGGGUGGAACGAGUCGAAACUCUAGAAUUAGAUAACAGUCCUCCUUAAAAUACUAAACAUGCUUCACCUUUUGAUGAGCCACAACAAAUGGUUUCACUCUCUGAUUCUGACGAAGAAUAUUAACCUUAAAAACAGCAUCAGUUUGGAGUAUUCAAAGAAAGACAAAAAUCUUCUCAGCUGUCAACUGGUUAACAAUAUUCUUUUUAAACUCUACCAUCUGAAUAAUAAUUCUCAAAUUUUAUUACUUUUUAAGCCAUUCCAUCUCAGUAAGGAAUUCAUAAUAAUGUAUUCUCCAAAUUUCAAAAGGAGAUGAAUGAGUUUGCUAGUAAAUAAACCAAAAAUUAAAAGAACUUGUAAAAAUAAUGA